UUCUCCCCCUCACCCCCCCCCCGCCGUCCUCUUUGCCACCAGCAUUAGCUGCUUUCCAUCUCUAUCCUUGUCUUUUUCCUCCGCCUGCAACCUCAACAACCCCCCCCCCUAUUUUCGUGUCACCCUCGCCCUUCUCCUCCCGGCGCUUGGCAGAGCGGUUGGCAGGGUUUCUUUGCUGUGGAAGAUGGCGACACCAGGGAUGAGCUGGCAGCAGCACUACUACAGCGGCAGCUCCUCGGGGAGCGCUGGAAAAUUCACCACCUCCACUUCGUCGGCCGCCUCCUCCCAGCUCGGCAUGGAAUAUAAUCAGGAUCUCCAUCUCAAAAUGAGCAAGAAAAUAGCGCAGCUCACCAAGGUAAUAUAUGCUUUGAACACAAAGAAUGAUGAACAUGAGGCUGCUAUUCAAGCCCUCAAAGAUGCUCAUGAAGAAGAAAUCCAACAAAUUAUUGCAGAAACCAGAGAAAAGAUUCUGCAGUAUAAGAGUAAAGUUUCUGAAGAAAUGGAUCUCAAAAGAAAAAUCCAGGUUUUAGAAGAGUCAUUGGAAGAUCAUAAAAAGAUGAAGCAUCAAGCUUUAACGGAGUUUGAAGCAUAUAAAGACAGAGUUGAGGAUAUGCAACUUUGUGCAGAAGCUCAGCAUGUUCAGCGUGUAGUAACUAUGUCACGGGAAGUAGAAGAAAUUAGAAAGAAGUUUGAGGAGAGGUUGCGGAGUUUUAUACAAUUACAAGUACAGUUGGAAAAGGAUAAACGUUCAGCUCUUGAAGAACUAAGAGCUGCACAUAGACUUGAGGUCCAGGAACUUAUAAAGACCCAUCAGAACCAGAAUGCUACUUUAAAUAAGGGACAGGAAAAGUUAGAAGAAUUACACAGGCGGGAUGUGGAAGAACUGAAUGCCAAAGUUGAAGAGCUAAGAGUGGAAAGAAAAAAGCUAAUUGAGGACUAUGAAGGUAAACUCAGCAAAGCUCAAUCUUUCUAUGAGCAUGAACUUGAUACUAUGAAAAGGUCGCAGCUGUUUACAGCUGAAAGCUUGAAAACCUGCAAAGAGAAGGAAAUAGAACUAAGAAAGGAGUUUCAAAGCCAAGAAUCUGUUUUACGAAAAAACCUGGGAAAGCUUAAGACUGAAUUGCAGAUGGUACAGGAUGAAGCAGGUGGUCUACGAGAAAAAUGUCAGAAACUUCAAGUAGCACUCAACACAGCAGAAAACAAUGUGCAGGCUCUUCAGAAACAGUUGGAUGAUGUCAAAGAUGGGGAAAUGUCAUUGUUAAGCAAACACAAAGAGGUUGAAAGUGAACUAGCAGCUGCUAGAGAACGCUUACAGCAACAGGCCACAGAUCUAGUACUAAAAGCCAGUCAUAUUGGAAUGCUUCAAGCCACACAAAUGACCCAGGAAGUUACAAUAAGGGAUUUGGAAUCAGAAAAAUCUAGAUUAAAGGAGAAACUGUCCCAGCUGGAAGAUGAAAGAAAUCUAUUACAAAGCAAAACACAGAGCCUGGAUGAAAGACAAAGGCAACAAAUUCUUGCACUGGAGAAGAAAGUGAAUGAAGCAAGGGAAACACAACGAGAAUAUUAUGAGAAGGAGCUGAUAAAACUGCAAGCCAGGCUGGAAGGGGAGGCUGCACAAUUAAAUGAGGCUCAUUCUAAGACCUUGGAGGAGUUGGCAUGGAAACAUCAUACUGCUCUUGAGGCAGCACAUAGUACUGCUAACAAGGAGAAAAAGAAACUGCAAAUGGAGUUGGAGCAGCACUUUGAAAAAGAGAAGAUACAUUUCGAAGACGAGAAGAAUCAGCUUCGACAGCAGUUGGAAAACCUGAGGGAAGAACUGACAACCAAGCUGACUUCAUCCAAUCAGGAGAUGGGUCGAUUACAAGAUCUAGUAAGAAAAAGUGAACAGGGCCUUGGUACUGCAGAAGGGCACAUCUCCAAUCUCCAGGAAACCCAGGAAAUACUACAAAAAGAACUAGAGUUAACCAGGGCAAGACUGAGGGAGACCACUGAUUCUCUGUAUAAUGUUCAGGGGGAACUAGACCAGGAAAGACAGCAGCAUGAAGUAAUGAUUGUAGCUAUGAGGGAAGAGGAAAAAUUCAAAGUUGACAGAAUGGCCCGUGAUCUAGAAAUAAAAUGGACAGAAAAUCUUCGGCAGGAAUGUAGCAAACUUCGAGAAGAAUUAAGGCUUCAACAUGAGGAAGAUAAAAAGUCAGCAAUGACUCAACUCCUGCAGCUAAAAGAGAGAGAGAAAAAUGCUGCCAGAGAUAGCUGGCAGAAGAAAGUUGAAGAUCUUUUGGAUCAGCGGCACUGUCUCGGUGAAGCUUUGCAUAAAUCUAUCAGCAAUAUCUCCCUGUUGAAGCAGAAUCUAGAAAUGCAGCUUUCCCAGUCUCAGACUUCAAUGCAGCAACUUCAGGCACAAUUUAGCCAGGAGCGACAGAGGCUGGCCCAAGAGAUUGAAGAGCUACAAGAAGAGCAUCAACAGAGACACAAGUCCUUGAAAGAAGCACAUAUCCUUGCAUUUCAGAACAUGGAGGAAACAAAAGAAGAAGAGCAAAAGGAACUUGAGGAACGUUUAAAACAGAAGCACUUAGAAGAACUUCAUGCGCUGAAAGAAGCACACAGGCAAGCUAUGGAUGCUUUCAAACUAGAAAUGGAACAGGAACUGCAGACUCUUCGCUUUGAACUGGAAGAUGAAGGGAAAGCUAUGCUUGCAUCUUUGCGCUCAGAACUAAACCAUCAGCAUGCUGCAGCAAUUGAUCAACUAAGACAUAAUCAUCAACAAGAACUAGCAGCUGCUAAAAUGGAACUUGAAAGAAGCAUAGAGCUUAGCAGGCACCAGGAAAAAGAGUUUGUUUGCCGGAUAUCAGAUCUACAGGAUGAAUUGAGGCAUCGAGACCACCAUAUAUCUGAACUGGAUAAGGAGAUUCUUGCUCUGCAUGAGAACAUAAGUGCACUAACCAAGGAACUGGAGUUUAAAGGGAAGGAGGUUCUCAGAAUACGUAGUGAAUCCAACCAACAAAUUAGGCUGCAUGAACAAGAUUUAAACAAGAAACAUGAGAAAGAGCUGGAUGUCAUGACAGCAGACCACAUCAGAGAAAGACAAAGCAUGCUGGCAGAUUUUAAUAAGACCCAAGAGCUGCUCAAGGAAAUUAAUUCAGCUUUGCAAAUUUCUUUAGAAGAAAUGGAAGAAAAAUAUCAAAACAGGGAAUCAAGACCAGAAGAUUUACAGCUUAUUGCAGAGUUGAAAGACCUGAUUGCUGAGAGGGAUCAGCUAAUAAAGAAACUGAUUGAUGACAAGAAAUUCUAUCAACUGGAACUAGUCAAUAGGGAGACUAACUUCAACAAGGUGUUUAAUGCAAGUCCUAAUGUUGGUGUUAUUAACCCUCUGGUGAAGCAAAAGAAGAAGAAUGAUAAAUCAGCAAACAGGUUUGUGAGUGUCCCCAAUCUAAGUGCUCUGGAAUCUAGUGGAGUGGGCAAUGGACAUGCUAACCGCCUGGAUCCUAUCCCAAAUUCACCCAUCCAUGAUAUUGAGUUCAACAGCAGCAGACCACUUCCACAUCCUAUACCACCCAAAGAGCCCAAGACGGUUUUGAGCCCUCCUCAGACUGAAGCUUCUCCAAUGGCUUCACCAGAUCCACAACGUCAGGAAUGGUUUGCCCGUUACUUCACAUUCUGAGAGAUUAUUUUUGUGUGUGGCACAGUGUGGUGUGGACUGUUCAUAAGAGCAUGACCUUAAAAUAAACCCUUAUGUGAACAAACUUACCUGUAAUAUGUCAAACACUGUGAAUGAGAAAGUAUUUUGUCUCUCUGAUUUGAAAAUGCACUGUAUUUUAUGUGAUAUUUGUUGGAAUCACUUGACAUGGUAAUAUAAAUGUGCUUAAUGACACUUUUAUUUUUAUUUAAAAUGAAAGAGUAUUUAAACUUUGUAAUUACUGCAUAACAAAUUUUCGUAGAAGAAACUUAAAGCUUCUACCCAUUUUCCUAUAAAUAUGUAUUUUCUUUGGUUUCAGGAAAGGCUUUCCCCCUCCUGUCUCCCAUCCCAAAUGCAAUCAGUUGCAUGGUUAUUGUAUAUCAAAAUAAACUGUCAACGGUUUAAAAAUCAGACUGUGGGAAGAUAUGUUUAAAUCCUUUUAUUUUUAUUUAGUUAUCUUGUAGAACUUGAGUUUAAAAAUUGUGUUUACUCUAAAAGUGGUGAAGAAUGCAAAAUAAAUAGCAGUAGUAUAGCUGAUGGCCUUUAGAGUGAUUUUAAGAACAUAGUAAGAACAUGGCAUCCUUAUUUCUUAUCUACAACUGAUCUGCCCUUUAGUAAUUAUAAUUACUAUAUUUUAAUGUUGGAUUUCAUUGAACUUUUGUCAAAUAUUUUAUAAAUACCUACAAAGACAGUGCUCUUUAGAACAUGUGGGGUACUACACUAUGUAAUGCUGUAUUAAUGAAUAAUCAUUUAUGGAAAUCUGCAUUUUGAGGACAUUAUAAUUUGGGGGCAAAACUCAGGCUUUACCAAAAAAAGUGCUAAAUCAAUUAUGCAUAAUAAAGCAUGCAAAUCUUUCAUUAGAGCUCCAGCAUACUUAACUUACAAAGAAAGAUGUUCCAUCUUCCAUUAUAAAAUUAAGCCAGGGACCACAUUACCUUUUUCUUAUGGCAAAUGAGCCUGAUUUUCCACUCUAUUACACUUGUCUUACAGAUGUGCAAUCUCUCUGGCAGAAAAUACAUAAUACCAUGGCAAAUCUGGUUUAUAUACUUUUGUUGAUGAUGUUGUCAAUUCCAAGAUUACCACAAUGCAGCUGACACUGGUAAUCUCAGGGAGAAUUUUUUUUCUUUUAUGAAUGUACUUUCAGGCCUGAUAUUUGUAUCUUUAAAAAAGGGGGUGAUUGCUUGGUUAUUUUAAAUAAGAUUUUUAUCCUUAGAUACAGAAUUAUAGCUCAUUAUUUCUGCUGAUGCCCUGAACAUGUCUUCCCAUUAUGCAAAAACAUAAUCAAAGGUACCAUUAAUAGUUACAAUAAGUUUUAUAUGUAGCAUAUGUACAAAAGAAUAAUUUGUAUGUUUUCAUAUAAAAUAUAAAAUAUUCUAACUCAGAAUUUUUAAAAUGUAUCUCUUGCAAACUCAGCCUGAAAGCUUCACUGGAAGCAGUGUUCUAAUGUUUUGCUGCUAAUCUAAAGCAGUGUUUGGCAGAUACUCUAUGGUUGGUGGAUUUAACUGUAGGUAUAUGCAGCCUUUACAUUAGAAGAAAGCCAUAUUGAGUCAAAGUCAGAUUUCUUGGCUGUUGUGUGAAAUAAAACACACUGGAUGAUUUUGCUAUGA